CCCGCCUUCCAGCACGGCAUCUGCUUCGAGGCCAAGUACAUCGGGAGUCUGGAUGUGCCACGGCCAAACAGCCGGGUGGAGAUCGUGACAGCCAUGCGGCGGAUCAGGUACGAGUUUAAAGCCAAGAACAUCAAGAAGAAGAAAGUGAGUCUCAUCGUGUCAGUGGAUGGUGUGAAGGUCAUUCUGAAGAAGAAGAAGAAGUUUCUUUUGUUGCAGAAAAAAGAAUGGGCCUGGGAUGAGAACAAAAUGCUUGUCAUGCACGAUCCCAUCUACAGGAUAUUCUACGUGUCACAUGACUCCCAGGACCUAAAGAUCUUCAGCUACAUUGCCAGGGAUGGGUCUAGCAAUGUCUUCAGGUGCAACGUCUUCAAAUCCAAGAAGAAGAGCCAAGCCAUGCGCAUUGUCCGGACUGUGGGGCAGGCGUUUGAGGUCUGCCACAAGCUGAGCCUGCAGCACACCCAGCAGAAUGCAGACGGGCAGGAGGACGGAGACAGCGAGAGGAAUGGGGAUGACCUGGAUGUCCCAGCUGACAUCCUCGACUUCAGCCGUGGUGUGACCGACCUUGACGCCGUGGGCAAGGAGGCGAGCGCCUAUGCUGACACCAAGGGCUGCCUCCACCCUGAAGAUAUCCUGACAGCAUCACCCAAGAUGCUGCUGCCCUCAUCUGCCCAGCUGCCUGACCUGGGAACACCCCUCUCUGCCCACCACCAAAUGCAGCUUCUCCAGCAGCUCCUGCAGCAGCAGCAGCAGCAGACGCAAGUGGCCGUGGCACAGGUCCACCUGCUGAAGGACCAGCUGGCCGCAGAGGCGGCAGCGCGGCUGGAGGCCCAGGCUCGCGUGCACCAGCUCCUGCUCCAGAACAAGGACUUGCUGCAGCACAUCUCGCUCCUGGUCAAACAGGUGCAGGAGCUGGAGCUGAAGCUGGCAGGGAACACCACCAUGGCUGCAUGGUCUAGACCAGCUCCUUGCCUGCCCAAGAGCCCCUCCUUGACCUUCCUCUCCAGCAGACGUGGCCAUCAGCUCCCCAAAGGAGCUGGGCCUGAGGACCCCCCCCCGCCGCCACUGGGCCCCGGCUCGGGCUUCCCCAGCACCCUGGGCAGCCCCAUAGGUAGGAACGACUGUCUGGUGAAGCUGGAAUGCUACCGCUUUCUGCCGGACUCGGGGCCGCCCGCCCCAGAGCCGGCACUGGGCAGCCUGGAGCUCAUCAAGUUCCGCGAGUCGGGCAUCGCCUCUGAGUACGAGUCCAACACGGACGAGAGUGAGGAGCGUAACUCCUGGUCCCAGGAGGAACCACCGCUCCUGCUCCACGUCCAGCCCAGGCAGGACCUGGGCGACAGCCUGGAGGAUGAGAUCGCGGUCAUGUUUGAGAAUGCCAGUGCCAGCACAGCACCCACCCCGCGGCCACAGCACGUCCCCGCUGCAGCAGGCGCCCCGCUGCAGCCCUCCCGCCCUGCCAGCAGCCAGCACCUCCGCAACCUGGGCAAGGCCGUGGGGGCCAAGGUGAAUGACCUCCUGCGCCGCAAGGAGCCAGCUGGCCUCCCUAGCGUGGGGGUGAUGGAGGUGAAUGCCAGCGCUGGGGCCAUGCUGGGCGCAGGACAGAUGGCCAGGGCCCCAGCGUGGGGCUGCAUGUCACUGCUCCUCUGUGCUCGCAGGGCUGUGGGGCUGGACACCUUCCCGCGGCUGGACCCCCCACCCCCCGUCACCAAGAAGCGGACGCCGCGUGCCUUGAAGACCCCACAGGAUAUGCUCAUCGCGCCGCAGCUGGCUGGGACCACCCCAAGGAGCAACACGGAGGAGGCCCCCGAACUGCCCGUGGCCCACCCCGACCCUGCAGAGGAGUGGCUGGGGAUGAGGGACCCAUCCCCUCCAGAUCCCCCCACAGCCGAGCGGGGACCAGCCUACCACUGCCCUCCCCGUGCCUGA